GCUAUAUUUCACAAAAUCCUCCAUUUCUCUCUCUCUUUGGCUUCAGCAGCCGCACUGCGCUUCAACUCUCUCUCUCUUCUCUUCUCCUUCAUCUUUCACUACCACCACCACCACCGUCUUCUAGGGAUUCUUCUUCUCGGCUUCUCCAGAAGCUUCCCUGGUGGUUCUCGAACUGGAUUCCUCUCUCGUCUUCCUCUCCGUCUCCCAGCGCCGCUGGUUCUCCGGCUUCGUUGAUUAAUCCCAAAACCUCCCCGCACACAUCUCACUCUCUGUAUAACUUCGCGCCCCGACCGGGGAAUCAAUCGCCGAUCUUUUCCGUAUUCAUUUCCGCCGGGCCAACAGGGGUUGGGGGUUAGGGUUAUGAGUUGCAGACCAAAAUUUGUGAGAUUAGGGCAAGGUUAAUUGCUGCCUGGAGUUGUUGGAUUUCGCUGGUUUGUUUUUGGAUGGCAUUGGGGGAUUUGAUGGCUUCCAGGUUCUCGCAGUCGUCGGCCACCGUUGUUUCCAGCCACUUGGAGGACUAUGCCAAUCACGAGGAGGAUGGGGAGACGGAGAGUAGCAAUCCCAAUAGGAUUAGGGACUCUUUGGAGACUGCUCGCAGUAGCUAUGCCGGCAGUGGCAGUGGUAGUGCUAGUGGUGACAAUGCCACCACUUCGAUGACGACGACAACAACAAGUAUGGCCUAUCUGCCGCAGACUAUAGUCUUUUGUGAGCUUCGGCAUGAUGGCUUUGAAGAAUGUGUGCCGUCUGGACCCUUGGAAAGUGGGCUGGUUUCCAAAUGGCGUCCGAGGGACCGAAUGAAAACGGGAUGUGUUGCUCUUGUUUUAUGCUUAAACAUUAGCGUUGAUCCUCCUGAUGUAAUCAAGAUAUCUCCUUGUGCCCGGAUGGAGUGCUGGAUUGAUCCAUUUUCAAUGGCCCCACAAAAAGCACUUGAAACAAUUGGGAGGACUUUGAACCAGCAAUACGAGAGAUGGCAACCUAGGGCCCGCUAUAAGAUUUCCUUAGACCCCACUGUUGAUGAAGUAAAAAAACUGUGCACAACAUGUCGUAAAUAUGCUAAGUCAGAAAGAGUGCUUUUUCACUAUAAUGGACAUGGUGUACCAAAGCCAACGCCAAAUGGUGAAAUAUGGCUAUUCAAUAAGAGUUAUACACAGUAUAUCCCUUUGCCGAUCAAUGACUUGGAUUCUUGGUUGAGGACCCCAUCCAUAUAUGUCUUUGACUGCUCUGCUGCUGGAAUGAUUGUUAAUGCGUUCAUAGAGCUUCAGGACUGGAAUGCUUCUAAUUCUUCUGGGCCUUCUACGAGGGAUUGCAUUUUGCUUGCUGCAUGUGAAGCACAUGAAACCCUUCCUCAAAGUGCUGAAUUUCCUGCUGAUGUUUUUACUUCCUGCCUCACUACGCCCAUUAAAAUGGCAUUGAGAUGGUUCUGCACUCGAUCUUUGUUGCGGGAGUCACUUGAUUAUUCUCUCAUAGAUAGAAUUCCUGGCCGGCAAACUGAUCGGAAAACACUUCUUGGGGAAUUGAACUGGAUAUUUACAGCAGUUACAGACACAAUUGCUUGGAAUGUUCUUCCGCAUGAUCUGUUUCAAAGAUUGUUCAGGCAAGAUCUACUAGUUGCCAGUUUGUUUCGAAAUUUCUUACUUGCUGAAAGAAUUAUGCGCUCAGCAAAUUGUUCACCAGUUUCGUACCCGAUGUUGCCACCUACUCAUCAGCAUCAUAUGUGGGAUGCAUGGGACAUGGCUGCUGAAAUAUGCCUCUCUCAGCUUCCAACUUUAGUUGAGGAUCCAAAUGCUGAGUUUCAACCUAGUUCCUUUUUCACUGAGCAGUUGACAGCUUUUGAGGUAUGGCUUGAUCAUGGAUCAGAGCACAAGAAACCUCCAGAACAGUUGCCUAUUGUGCUUCAGGUGUUACUUAGUCAGUGCCAUCGGUUUCGUGCUCUGGUACUUCUUGGAAGAUUUUUGGACAUGGGCCCUUGGGCUGUUGAUCUGGCAUUAUCUGUGGGUAUAUUUCCAUAUGUUUUAAAGCUCUUGCAAACCACCACUCCAGAACUUAGGCAAAUUCUUGUCUUCAUAUGGACAAAGAUCCUUGCACUUGAUAAGUCUUGUCAGGUUGAUCUUGUGAAGGAUGGUGGGCAUACAUAUUUUACUAGAUUUCUUGAUAGUAUUGAAGCCUAUCCAGAGCAGCGUGCAAUGGCUGCAUUCGUUUUGGCAGUCAUUGUGGAUGGUCACAGACGGGGUCAGGAAGCCUGUAUUGAAGCUGGUCUUAUACAUGUCUGCUUAAAACAUCUUCAGGGGUCAGCUCCGAAUGAUGCACAAACAGAACCUCUAUUCCUUCAGUGGUUGUGUCUAUGUCUAGGCAAACUCUGGGAGGAUUUCACUGAGGCACAAAUGAUAGGUCUACAGUCUGAUGCACCUGCGAUAUUUGCACCUCUACUUGCUGCACCCCAACCCGAGGUCCGAGCUGCUGCUGUGUUUGCACUAGGCACUUUGCUAGACAUUGGGUUUGACACCUCUAAGGAUGGAGUUGGUGGCGAUGAAGAUUGUGAUGAUGAUGAAAAGGUCAGGGCUGAAGUUAAUAUUGUUAAGAGCCUUUUGAGUGCUGUGCCUGAUGGAAGCCCAUUGGUUAGGGCUGAGGUUGCAGUAGCUCUGGCACGCUUUGCAUUUGGGCAUAAUAAGCACCUGAAGUCUGUUGCAGCCACUUAUUUGAAGCCUCAAAAUAGCUCUGUGCUUACUUCCUUGCCUUCUUUUGCUGUCAAGAGUUCAGGCAGUGGCUAUACUACUCCAACCCAUUAUGUCCCUCAUGGAAGUAUCAUUCCGUCUCCAAUUGCUCCUUUAUUGAGAAUUGGAGGUGAAAACCAGUCUACAGCUCGGGAUGGAAGAGUGUCCACUAGCAGCCCCCUUGCUGCACCAAGUAUUAUGCAUGGAUCACCCUUGUCUGAUGAUUCAUCACAACAUUCUGAUUCUGGUUUAUUAAAUGAUCCCAUUAGCAAUGGAGUUUUGAACCAUACUAGGCCAUUAGAUAAUGCAUUGUAUUCACAGUGUGUAUUAGCAAUGUGUACCCUGGCGAAGGAUCCAUCACCACGCAUUUCGGGCCUUGGUCGUCGUGUUCUGUCCAUUAUUGGUAUUGAACAAGUGGUUGCCAAAUCUGUUAAGUCUAGUGAAUUUGCAGCAGGUCCAAGCACUAGUGUAGCUGGAUUGGCUCGAUCGUCCUCUUGGUUUGACAUGAAUGGAGCAGGACAUCUGUCUUUGACAUUCAGAACUCCUCCUGUUAGUCCCCCUCGGGCCAGUUAUAUGACAGGCCUCAGGAGAGUUUGUUCGCUUGAGUUCCGACCACACUUAAUGAAUUCUCCAGACUCUGGGUUGGCUGACCCGCUUUUGGGCGCAGCUGGAUCUUCCGGAACUUCUGAGCGUAGUUUUCUUCCACAAUCUACCAUAUACAAUUGGAGUUGUGGUCACUUCUCCAAGCCACUUCUUACUGCAGCUGAUGAUAGUGAAGAGAUAAUCAGUAGAAGAGAAGAGAGGGAAAAGGUGGCCCUCGACUUGAUUGCAAAAUGCCAACAUUCUACUGUGAGCAAGCUACAUAAUCAAAUUGCAAGUUGGGAUACAAAAUUUGAAAAUGGUACCAAAACUGCCUUGUUGCAGCCAUUCUCACCUUUUGUGAUUGCUUCAGACGACAGUGAAAGGAUCAGGGUAUGGAAUUAUGAGGAGGCAACCCUGCUUAACAGCUUUGAUAAUCACAGUUACCCUGAUAAAGGAAUCUCAAAGCUGUGCCUUGUGAAUGAGCUUGAUGAUAGUUUGCUUCUUGUUGCUUCAAGUGAUGGCAACAUCCGCAUUUGGAAGGAUUAUGCUUCAAGAGGUCAGCAAAAGUUGGUUACUGCAUUCUCUUCAAUCCAUGGUCACAGAGUGGGUAUGCGAAGUGUGAAUGCUGUGGUGGAUUGGCAGCAGCAAUCUGGUUGCCUGUUUGCAUCGGGUGAAAAUUCUUCAAUCAUGGCCUGGGACCUGGACAAAGAGCAGCUUGUAAAUACUAUUCCAUCAUCUUCAGACUGCAGCAUUUCAGCAUUGUCUGCUUCUCAGGUUCAUGGAAGUCAAUUCGCAGCUGGUUUUGUGGAUGGAUCUGUUAAGCUUUUUGAUGUUCGAAUGCCUGAAAUGAUUGUUGGUUCAACAAGACCACACACCCAAAGAGUAGAAAAAGUUGUGGGGAUUGGAUUUCAACCUGGACUCAGUCCAGCUAAGAUUGUCAGUGCAUCUCAGGCGGGUGAUAUUCAAUUCCUUGAUGUGAGAAAUCUGCGGGAUGCAUACCUCACAAUCGAUGCGCAUAGGGGAUCACUUACAGCUCUAGCUGUUCAUCGGCAUGCACCGCUUAUAGCUAGUGGGUCAGCAAAGCAACUUAUCAAGGUGUUUAACCUGGAGGGCGAGCAAUUAGGCACCAUACGAUAUUUAUCAACAUUCAUGGCACAGAAGAUUGGAUCCGUUAGGUGUCUCACAUUCCAUCCAUAUCAAGUGCUGCUUGCAGCUGGUGCUGCAGAUUCCUGUGUGUCUCUUUAUGCUGAUGAGAUAUCUCCACCAAGAUGAAAGCUUUGAGUCUGGAAAUUAAAUUGAAACACCAUUGUGGGGGAUGGAUGGGAGUAGCAGCAAAAUUAAAUUGGGUUGUUGAUGAAUCUGCCACUCAGCAUUGAAUCUCUGAAGAUCAGGUCGGCCAUUGUAUGUUAUCAUAUUCAUUGGGCCUCCAGGACAGAGUAUAACGUGAAGUUGGAUGAAUCUCACACUGAUUGGAGGCUUAUCUAAUAAUUUGAUACAUAGGUAAAGAAAGAUGUAAAUAUGUUUUUGUCUAUUUUUCCCCCUCUUUUUUUUUUUUUGUUUGUUCU